AUGAGAGAAGAUAAUUUAGUUAAAGAACCAGACGCAAACACAAUACCAAGUGUGGUUCCUAUCGCCAACGAAUGGAUGAGAAAAUUAGUUCUAAUUAUAGGCAAUCAAAUGAAUUCAAAUUUAUUCAUCAGCUCUUUUUCCGGCGAGAGUUUAGAAAUGGGCGAUAUGGGAUGGGAAACCUAG